AAAUUAAAAGCCUUUGUUGCAGCAUAUAUAUCGUUGUAUACAGCAAGGCCCACGUCGACUACCUCAUAUCACCAGAUAGUAAUUUUAACAAGAAUAGCAAACAUGAUAUUUUUUGCACUUGUCUUUCUCGCUUGUGCAGGUGUUGGUUUAUCGAGUGAGUGCAUUGCGAUGGCAAGAGGACACUGUGCUGAAACCUAUGGAGGAACUUUCACAAAGGAAAACUUCUGCAAAAAUCUCAAAGCAUUCCAUGCCUGUUUCGAUGGAACAGAUGAAAAAUGUGAUGCAUACUUUAACGCUCUGGGUUCCAGUAUAUGCUCGCGUUUGGUGAAAAGACACACACCCAGACCCCCUCUCUUUGGCUCUUCUCCACACCCUAAUGAGAUGAAGCUCAAAACGCUUUUGUAUUUUGUAAUUCUCGCUGUAGUAGCAACGUAUAUUUAACUAAAUAUUGUGUUGCUACGAUUAUUUGGAGUUAGCAUUGUGAAAUGACCACAGUUUUCCCGGUGUUCUAUUUAUGAUAGUUGGUCCAUUGCUGAUGUCUGUUCAACUAUCAACAUUUUCUUUUCGAAAUUGAAUUAAAAUUUAUUUACUUACUGAUCUUCCCAAUAUGCUGUGUAUUUUCAUAUUACAUUGAAAUUCAGUUAAUAAAUGUUAUAAAUGCCUA